AUGGCCGCAGACCAGACGUUCUCACGGGAGAAAGCCCAAGGAGCCCUCGCUGGAACGCAAGACAGCAGCUGUGAGCAGUGGCACGUGAGCUUCAGGGCGUUUAGCAGCUCGGGGCGGUCGGACCCUGUGGAGGACCUGAGGAGGCUCUAUGAACUCUGCUAUCUGUGGCUGCGGCCAGACCUGCACACCAAGGAGCAGAUUCUGGAUAUGCUGGUGAUGGAGCAGUUCAUGAUCUCCAUGCCGCAGGAGCUCCAGGUCUUAGUGAAGGAAAGUGCUGUGCAGAGCUGCAAAGACCUGCAGGAUGUGCUGAGAAGCAGCCAGCGGCCCAAGAAAUGGACCAUAGUUAGCAUAGAAGGACAGGAAUUUCUCAUGCGAAGUUCAGAUGUUCAGAUGGCCAACACCGAGGCUGGUGACAGGGAUCUUGUGACAGACUUGUCCAAGAAGCCCCAAUCCUCUGGGUGUGAGAUACAUCCAGAGAACAUCCAGGUCAGCAGAGAGCUACAGAACCUGCCAGGAACCAGUGAACCAUCAAAGAGGCAGGGACAGAACGUUCUCCUGCCUGAGACCAUUCCUGGAAAAGGUAUACUGGAGGGUCUGAGACCUAAGGAGAACUUGGAGAAGAAUCUGACAGAAGACUUGGAAGAGACAAGAAUACUUCAAUCCCAAGAGCCUCCCUUUCUGAAGGGUCCUGCUCCCAUGAAGACUCUCCAAGAAGGAACCCAUAUUAAAAAUGUGGAUGCCGAAAAGCCUUCCACACAGGUUUCAGAGAGACAAGUGUCCACUCAGAAUGGGAAGAGAAGAGAUUCCCGGAAGACUCAAAGAAGUUCCAAAAGGAGAAAACAGGAAAACACCUCCAUUUCCCAAGAUGUGGCCACACAUUUGGACACAGGAGAAUUUUCAGGACAGCCUGUGUCAUCAGUUCAUCCUGUUGGGAAAAAAGCCACGGGAGGGACAUCAAAUGUCUGUAGCCUCUGUAAGAAAGAAUUUCGUUAUAAAUCUCAGUUUUCCAUCCACUGGAGGACACACACGGGAGAGAGACCCUUUAAAUGCAACACCUGUUCUGGGAGUUUCAUGCAGACUUCAGACCUCCGAGUUCACCAGCGAAUCCACACAGGCGAGAAGCCUUACUGUUGUGAAAUCUGCCUCAAGACGUUCACCCACGACUCCACCCUGCGGAGCCACAAGAGGAUCCACACAAAGGAGAAGCCCUAUGUGUGUGAAGAGUGUGGGAAAGCUUUCAGCCACAAAGGGAACCUCAAUGUUCACCAGCGCACCCACUCUGGGGUAAAGCCCUACACGUGUCAUGAGUGUAAUUGUGCCUUUCGUCAGCUGGGCACUUUUAAGCGCCACCAAAAAAUACAUUAA